AUGGUUAAAGGCUUGGACCUUACGACCGAUGCGAAGUAUGGCCCAUUUCUUGCAGAGCUUCUCAAUGUUUUGCAGAAGCAUGGUCUGGUGGAUGUUCUUGGACUCGUAGCAUUGGAGGACAAGGAUGUAAACUCCCCACCUCUGGUGGAGUUGGAGUUCGGUGGGUCGACCAUUGCUCUUGCGGUUGAUAUCAACCCCGACCCCAAAGAUGCUUGGAUCCAUGUGGUGUGGCAAUUCGGUACUAAACUUGGACCUUCUGGGGAGCCGAUUGUUUUCAAGAAGCACAAGAUUGCCCAUAAGCUUCAGGGUAAAAACCACAUCAAUAGACACCUCAGCACGAACCAGUAG